CCCCAGUUCAGUUCAGGCUUACAUUGCAGUCGAUCUGAAUCAAACACACUUACACUUACGUCCAUGGAUCCUGGAGAGCCGCACCUGCGAGACACGAUGAACAUGACAAGGGCGCUGGAGGCCCUGUCCCCCUACCUCAAAACUCCGCGCCGGACAGUCAUCCAGAUCGAAGCCUUGGUGGUUUCGGCAGUGGCAUUGCUGUUCCUGCAGCUCAUUCUGGGCCCCUGGCGCCGGAGGUCCAACCACUGGUUCCUGCAAGGUACCCUGUGGCUUGUUUACACGGUCACCUUCCCUUUGAUCACCUACACCCUCGUCCAGAUGGUUUCUUCCCCAGUGAAGAACGUCCUCUAUCCUUUCUGGGCCAUUCUCCUCUUUUGGGCUGCCGGAUGCUCCAACGCCAUGACCGUCUAUAGCCUCGAAGACAGCAAGCAGUGGAAGCGGUAUAGCUUUGAGCUCCUUCAGUAUUUCAUCUAUCUAAGCUAUAUAGCGUCUCUGCUUGUACCUGGUUCAAAUCGCUUGACGAUUCACAAGCCGCGGCGUCCAGAGGUGCUUUUGCCACAGCCUGUUUUCUUCCCUCUGAUUUUCCUGGUGUCCGCGGUGUUUACUACAAAUUUGUUCAGAAUAAUUUCUGUUUGGAUGAUCACCAAUUCUAAUCCCAGCAAAUUAGUGGCUGACCACAUGCGGGUCCAGGUGGACCAAAGAGAUGCUGAUCAUCAGGGCCAAGGCCAGGAUGAGCCAUUCGAUUUCGAUCCUGUCACGAUGAAGGGCUACAGAUAUCUUAUUUGGCCCACACCCAGAUGUCAUCUGAUCCUUACCAUAGAAGCUAUCAAACUUGUGGAUGGACCCAUAACCAUCAAGGAAAUAUGGGACAUGACAUUUGAUGACAGCUUGCUCAACACAACUCAAGUUGGCCCUUCACAACUGAAAAAUGUAUGCCUCUCAAUUGCUCUGUCUAACUUGCUGCGGCGCCGCUUCUUUGGGAUGGAUUGUGCCGAAGCCGGACUUCCAGAGACCCGCAAGUUUGCACUUGAGGGUUUAUUUGCGGAAGAAGAUCAAGCCAACAAUUACUCCAGAGGAUUUCAUGUCAUCGAGGUAGAACUGGGUUUCCUCUACGACUUGUUCUUCACCAAGAAAGAGAUAGUUUCCUGCUUGCGGAAGUACAGCAACGGUGGUCCUCUAACUAAUGGAGAAACAGCAUUGCAUCUCCAUGGAGAAUUCUCCUGGACUGUCAAUCUAGGGAAUCAUAGCCAGACAGUGGUCAUGCUUCUUUGGCACAUUGCAACUGAGUACUGCAGCAUGGCAGCUUCCCAUGAUCAAGAGGCAGAUAUUGAGAGUGGUCCACAGCCAGAUGUGAAAAUGAAGAUAGAGAACUACAAGCAAGUUGCCAUCACCUUAUCCAGAUAUUGUGCCUACUUGAUAUCCUUUGUUCCAGAACUCCUUCCUGGGAACUCUACAGAUAUAUUGUAUGUCUUCAACGACGUGCUAUUGGAAGGGCGUUGUGCGCUGCGUCAAGGCAAGCCGAGUAGGAAUGAAUUGCUCAAGGUCAUCACCGAUUCUGAGAGCGGCGGCGGCGACGGCGGCGGCGGCGACGACGACGACCACAACAACAACAACACCACCACCACCACCACCAACAACAACACCAACACCAACACCACCACCAACAACAACAACAUCAGUGAAGAUAGCAUCUUCGUCAAAGGCUUGAAGCUAGGGAGGGCUCUGGAGGAGAAAGAUGCUCUCUAUCGCUGGGAGCUGAUGGCAGAAUUCUGGGUUGAGACCAUCGUCUACAUCGCGCCAUCGGACAAUGCUGCGGCACACAUGGGACGCCUUGCGCAAGGAGGUGAAUUCCUUACUCAUGUCUGGGCUAUCCUCACACACGCAGGCAUCCUCAAACGUGACUAGCAGCAAGCCCCUGUAAUACGUGCUUUGUGUGCUUGGCUUCUUCUGCACUUAUAUGUUCUCUUUGUUGUCCUAUCACUAUGCCGACAAGUGUGUUCAUUUUGAUCCUGGUUUUACCUGUCGUAUGUUUGUAUCAAUCAGGUGUGAUAUGUCAGUCCAUCUGUAAUGAAUGUGUGCUUAUCUGAAAGACUUCAUUGUUCAGUGAAGUUGGUUAUUAGAAAUUCAGCCUGUUUUUAACACU